AUGUUCCUGAGCUGCUGCCUCCUGCUCACCAUCAUCCUGGGGCUCUCCCGCUGCUCGGCCUCCUACGUGCCCUGCGAGCCGUGCGAUGACAAGGCGCUGUCCAUGUGCCCGCCGGUGCCCGUCGGCUGCCAGCUGGUGAAGGAGCCGGGCUGCGGCUGCUGCCUGACCUGCGCGCUGGCCGAGGGGCAGGCGUGCGGCGUCUACACGGGCACCUGCACCAAGGGGCUGCGCUGCCUGCCGCGCAGCGGCGAGGAGAAGCCGCUGCACGCCCUGCUGCACGGCCGCGGCGUCUGCACCAACGAGAAGGGCUACAAGUCCGCCGCCGCUGCCGCCGCAGCCGCGACCGGAGAUCGGGAGACGCGGGUGGACGUGGACAUGACUCCGGACGUUACGGGCGUGGUGCCGCCAGCCAAGGUGCCGCUGCAUCCCAAAGACAUUGUGAACAGUAAAAAGGUGAUCGCAGUGCGCAAAGAGCAGAAGAGGAAGCUUGGCAAGCAGCGCUCCUUCAGCUCCGGCGUGGAUUAUUCCCCCAUGGACAUCGACAAGCACGAGCCUGAAUUUGGUCCCUGUCGGAGGAAACUGGAUGGGAUCAUCCAGAAAAUGAAGGACACUUCUCGGGUCAUGGCGCUGUCUCUGUACCUUCCCAACUGCGACAGGAAAGGGUUCUUCAAGCGCAAACAGUGCAAGCCGUCUCGCGGCCGCAAGCGGGGCAUCUGCUGGUGCGUGGACAAAUACGGCGUCAUGCUGCCAGGGACGGACUACAGCGGGGGGGACAUUCAGUGCAAAGACCUGGAGAGCAGCAUCAACGAGUGAAAGCCCCGGCCCCUUCCCCCCGCCCCCAUAACCGUCACAUGACCCGGGGCCCACGCAUCUUCUGAGUCACACCUGUACGCUCCGCCCUCUGCUCACACCAACAACCUGUUUUUACCAGAGAGACACAAAGAAAAAGCACUAUUCUCUGAUAAAGGAGACCACUUCGGAUCCCCCACCUCUUCAUUUGACUGUAAAAAAUUCACCACAAGAAGAAGGAGGAGGAGAAAACUGACCCAGCUGCGUGUCGUGGGACUGAGAAUUGGCUGAGAAAUGAUUGGUUUCUGGUUUUUCUGGGGGGUUUUCAGAGCACUUAUAGAAAGGGGAUCCUGUUUAGAAACCUGUGUGACGCGUUGGUGUGUUACAGAGCGAGCCCAUUUCAGAAACAAAACCAGCAGCAGAACGUUGUAUUUCCUCCUCUUGUUCGAUCGUCGCCAACCCGACGGCCCUUCCUCUCCAACGCAGCGAACGUCUUUGGGACUCGGAGCGUUCAGACGGUCGCAGACGAACACGUGAGCGGCUCUUCAACCACGUAGCUAGCCUGACAUGCCAACUGUGCCUAUGAAGCUGCCGGGCGGCGCUACGCAGCUCCGCUGGUCAAAUCAAAGACUCUCAGCUUCAGCGACGGGAAGCACGUUUGAUUUUUCCGAGUUGGGAUUGUUUUUUUCGGGGGCGGGGGAUCGACCUUGCCGAUCGGGCCGUUUCCUCUCUAACUGACUCUUUUUUUGUGGUUUUAUUUGUGAUUUCUUUGCCUUCAGUGAAGUAAAAGAUCGCCCUACGUUUUGAGCCAUGUUUCCCCGUCAGUACAACAUAUUCAUGGUGUAUUACUUUUAAAUAUUCUUUGAGGGUUUUUCCUGUAGAGAAAAGCCAGAUCAUGUAAAGAAAACAAAGACUUUUUGCCUGUAAAGAAUUGGAAAGUGUCCUGUUACAGCAGCUCACAGGGCAGUGGGAGCUUUCUGCCUUUUUCUCAGCGGAGCGCCGUGAGAACACGACAUGAGCAGGUCUCCGGACCCGGUUUCUCCUCUCUGUGCCUUCCUACAAACAGACUUAAGCACUGGUGUGAAAGCGACACCAGGGGGCAAUAUUCAGGACGAGGUUCGAGGCUAACAGAGAAGAACGAUGAAUGUGGUCGGUCCCUUAAAUUCAGUCCAGCUCCGUUUGUCCGUGUUGUUUCAGAACCUCCUGCUCUUCCUUUGACGACUUAAUAAGCUAAGAUUGUCACUUUUUCUGUUUUUAUGUGAAUGCCAACGAUUGACGGGGAGUUAGACGGGAAGCUGAGGAAUGUCGGUUAGUUGUUUUUCCUGCGAAUGAGAGAGGGAAUGCGUGCAUCCAGGGGUGCUGUGCAAAAAUCCCCAGUCAUCCCUCGUUCCUUUAACUUCUGCUUUUAAACAAUCUCUUUUAGUCUUUAAACUGGUUUUAUUGAGCGGUUCUCCACUUCCUGAAGGGUUUUCAUUGUGUUUUAUGACAGACUUUAGUUGCUUGAUGUUUUAUAUUUCAGCCGUCUUCUAAUCAUUCAGGUGUAACAGCAAACAGUUUGACAUGCAGGAAAUAGUUGAUGUACAGAUUUCUUAGCCACAGAGUUGUUCCCUCUAAUAUUGAAAAAACAAACAAACAGUAUAUUAGUUUCUGUUUAUUUUUCAUUUUAAUUCUUGGGAGAUUUGACACUUUUUUCCCUUCUGGGACCCAAAAGGGAACCCUAAAGAUUCAUCUUCAAGUCAAGUUACAUCUUCCAGUGGGCGCUAACCAAGGAGCUAGUUCUGCUAACACAGAAGCCCUUCACCAACAUGCUAGUUAGCAGAGGCUAAUGUUACAGUGCUACCUUCAAUUCAAAUUACAUCGGCCCUUGGAAGACUUCAAUCCUCUGGAACCAAUUUAAUUUUGAAAUGUUGCCAUAAGAUUGUGAAACAGCUGUUGUUAAA